CUUCACUCUAACAUAUAUUAAUGAUUCCUGUACAAGUAUUGAAAACCAUCUAAAAUCAGAAUAUUUAACAUCAUUAAACAAACCCAGCUUUUCUUAAAUCAAGAAAACACUCUCCCAUUACCCAUUUAAUUGUUACUCAUCAUCCAAGGGUAAGCCAUCAAAUCAACGAGUAGUCAAAUUCUUUAUAAACACAAUUAAAGACCUCCUCUCAAUAUCCUAAGUUUAUUUAAUCCGUUGAUUAAAUUCAAAGGUUUCCAACUGAAGCUAAUGGGGAGACUAAAAAGAGACCUACAAUAUAAAUUUCGAGUGCCCUUAAAAUGAUUUCCUCAAAACAUCCUUCUGAGUAAUAUUAUGACACACUAAAAUUUUCCUCUUCUAUUUAUGAAAAAGUAAAUGAUUAGUCAAUUUAUACUACUAUUGGAGAAACUAAAGAAAAUGAUAAGGAGUUUAAUUAAGCUAAAAUUGUUAAUAGAAGUGUGGAUACUUUCAUCGUACAUAAGGCUGUUUUGAAUAGGAAAAAUCUAGAAAUCUAAAAAUUAGAAAAGGAGUUAGAAUAACUGAAAUAAGAAAAUGUAUUGUGUUAUUGAUUAUUUAGAGAAUAUAUCAAAAUUUAGAAAAUGAUUACAAAACUUUAUUGAAGGAGAAUUCAAAAUUAAAACUUUAAGUAUAGAGUUAAUAAAUAGAAAUAAGUGUUUUAAAUCAUUAGUAGACAUUUACUUAGCUUGGAAAAUCUUCUGACUACGUGAGUGCUUUGAGUGAUUCAGAUAAAUUAAAAAUAAAGUCUUUGCUUGAAUGCGAUUGA